UGGGAGGGGUUAUGAUUACACUGCGGUACCCGUGACUCGUGAUUGUAGGACUGUAGUUACGCCCCGGGUGAGAGACAGGUGUCCGGGUCGGGGGCACAUGCCGUCACUGAGUCCUGUCCCACGUCUCGCCGUUCUGUCCUGUCCGUGUUCCUGAUGGCAUUAGCAUUUGAGGUUUGCGCUCACCGGAGGAAGCGUCGCGGCGGAGCGGGAGAGUGUUCGCCAGUCGCUUCAGCAUGCAGAAUGGUUUCGGCUGUUGUAGGGACCCUACUUUCAGGAUCACGUAGAGGCGACCAGGGUGGUGCGCAGCCGGAUUUGUGAUUGAUCAACGCGAUCUAACGGGGUUAUUAUGGCUUCCAGCGCUGGGAAGAUGACCCAACCCCCCGGUGGCGGCGCAUGUAACGGGACCGCUAUUGCCGACCCCUCCAAUGUUGAGCAGGAAUUGUAUGAUUAUCAGAUGCACACAAAAAUGUGCAAGAAAAUAGCGCAGCUGACGAAGGUUAUAUAUUCCUUAAACACUAAGAAUGAGGAGCAGGAGGCAACUCUGCAAUCGCUACGCCGUGUUGCCACAGAAACGCAGGGCAGCCUCCAGCCAACCACAAGCCAGGAUAUGGAAGAGGAGGAGUCUAUUCUGAGGACACGCCUUUUAGAGUUGCAGGCCACUGUUGAGGAGGUGGAAGAACGUGAACAGAAAGCUGAAUUAGAGUAUGCGGAACGCAUAGCUGUGUUAACCCAAGAGACGGCGGAUCUGCGCAGAGACUACCAGAGUCUGCAGACCGAGAAAGACAACCAGUACCUAUUACUGGAACAAACACAGGACGAAAACAAAUGGCUAGAGAACAAGUGCCAGGAGCUACGCAGAGCCAGAGAUGAAGAAGGAAAGCGAGAGGAAGAGGAGAAGAUGCAUAGGGAGGAGGAGGAGAGAAGGAGAGAGGAGGAGGAGAGGAACCGAGAGGCAGAAGAGAGGAAAAAAAUGAAGGAAAGGUAUGAAGAGAGGUUGGAAACAUUUACAGAGGAGCUACGAGCUCUGAGGGAGGAGAAGGAGAGAGUGGAGAAGGAGUGGAAGAGAGAGGUGGAGGAGUGGAAGAAGAGAAUGAAAAAGGUGGAGGAGGAGAGGAAGGAAGAGCAGGAGGCAGCCAAGAAGACGAUACAACAGAGUCUCAAUGAGCAUAUCAAUCAGUGGCAACAGAAAGAGCAAGAGAACCGCAAGUCCCAGAAUGCAACGCUUCAGCAGAGGCUCAGAAAAGCAGAGGCAGAGUUGGAGGUUCGAGAACAGAGACUCAAUGAGAGCAACAGACAUUGCAGCAAGCUUCAGGAGCGAAUAGAGGAUCUGGAGGAGCAGUUAGAAGAGGGGCGUCACUGGGUGACCGAGGCAGAGGGCGUGGCAAAGAAAGCAGAGGAGGAGUUGGCUGUAGCUAAAGAACGGUUAUUACUGCAAGAAAAUGAGCUUCAGAGCAAGUCAGAGGAGUUAAUGAGUCAGAGUUCUUCUCAGGUGAGGGUCUCUGCAGAGGUGGACGAGCUCAGGUCUCAACUCGGUCGUCUCAACAUUAGAAACAAAGAGCUGGAGCUUCAGAACAGUGGUCGCUCUAAUGACCAUGCCCGUAUGCUUAAACAGCAUGCAGAUGCUCUAUCCUCUAUGCGUCUGGAGUUGCAGCGAGCUCAUACUGAGGAGAUCAGACGCCUGCAGCAGGAGGUGGAGAAAGAACGGCAGAAUGAUAGACAGGAGCUGGAGGAGGAGAAGAAACAGGUGCAGCAAAAAAUGGAAGAAGAGAAAAUAAGGUUGAAAGAACAACUUCGGAAAGCACUGGAAGAAGUGAUACGCAAACACGCCAGCGAACUGCGGCACGCUCACGCAUUGCUGGAUGCAGAGAAGAAGAAGACAGAACAGGUUGAGGAACAGAUGAAAGCCAAUGAAGAAGAAAGACAGAGUUCAGAGACAGAGAGAGCGGAGCUACGCAACCAACUCCAGCUGUCAGACACAGAGAUAGCAAAAUUGGAGGGGGUGAUUCAAGCAUUAGAGAGAGAAAGAGAGGAGGAGAGAGAAAGGGUCAAAGAAAGAGAGACCGCUGAGAUGGAACGGCGGUCCGCAUGCUGCCCAGAUUGUGUACGGUUGAGAGAGGAACUGGAGAACGCAACCAGCAGCAUGCAGCAAAUACAGGAGGAGUUUUCUGCUCAUAAAGAAGGGCUGCAUGCGGAGAUCUCCGCUCUGCAGCAGGAAAGAGAUAUUCUGCAGCAGUCCAAUCACGGCAUAGAAGAGAGGCUCAGGCUACAGUUUGAGAAGCAGUUCUCUGAUCAGGUCUUGGAGCUGAAGAGAGAAAGAGAGGAAGAGUUUCGAAAGAUGAAUCAACAGUGGCAACGCAGAGUUGAAGAGCUGCAGACAGAGUUGGAGGAAAGAAGAGCACAUUCAGAGAAGAUGGAGGGAGAGAGAGACAGGCGCUACGGUAACGGUGAGAUGGAACGAAUGAAGCAGGAGAUCCAAAAGACCAGAGAUAUGAAUUCAACCCUCAGAGCUCAACUUCACUCUAUUAUCCAGGAGAAAGAAAAACUCAUGAGGCAACAGUUACAGGUGGUAAAAGAGGAAGACGAGGAUGACGAAGACGGAAAGACAGUAGGUGAGAGAGCCGAAGAGAGGGAGAAGAGAAACUGGCACGAGCGGGAGGAGGAACUGUUGCGCGUGGAGAGAAUAAAUCACCAGCGUGCUCUUCAGGCCCUGGAAACACAAGCCAAUGAGGAGCUUCAGUCUGAGAGACAACGUUUGCUCACACAGCACAAACUACACUUGGACAAGCAGAAAGGAGAGCUGACCCAGCAGCACACCGAGUGGGUGAGACAGGUCACCCAGAGACACAUGCAGCAGAUCGAGGACCUUCAAAAUGAAAUCCACACACACACACAAAUGAUGGCCCUACAGCAGGAUUUGAAGCAGCAAAACCGCUUACAGUCAUUAGAGAGACAGUUGGAUGAGAAGAGCAGUGAAGUGCAGGAGCUCAAGAGAGAGAAGGAAGACCUUAAAGAACGAAUGAACGCAAUGAAUGCGCAAAAAGAGGAGCAAGACCACAGACACAAACAUAGGAGUUUUGCAGAUGAAGGUGCUGAAACCGAUGGGUUGGAACACAAGAACGACAUGGAGAACGUGAAGAAAGAACACAGACUGGAGAUCCAGACCAUAAUAUCAGACUUCAGCUCCGCCCAAACACGACAACAGGCCCGCAUAGUUGCCUUGGAAACAGAGUUGAGAGAAAGGGAAGAAAGGGGAAAAAGAAGAGCAGAAGACCUCCACUCCAUCGCUAAACUGCAGGACAGGCUCACCGAGAGAGAUCAGCUCAUCAAAAGUUUGGAGGACCUCCACCAGAUAUCCCAGCAUUCUCCUCUCAGCAGUAAUGAAAUAUUGAGGCCUUAUGACUCCAGGACACAAGCAGGGACCCUCAGCCCUACUUUGAAGAAAAAAGUGGUGGAGGAAACUAGCGUGCCGAACCUCUGCUCGUAUGAUGGGGGGUCGCCCAAAGCCAAGUGCUCGCCAGUUAUAGAGCGAAGAUAUUCCAGUCUGGAACAGAGCAGUCGGGGGACUCCCAUAACAAGAACACACACCCCCACCUCCCCUCAUGCUGCACGCAGAACCUCGGUCAGAAACAGCCGUCCAACCUCGCAAGAAGUUCGACAUCAACCACAGAUUAAAAUCAACUACAACCAGCACAUUAGUUGUAGGACUCCAGCUGAGCAGCGAGUUAUUGAAACAGGGCCUGAUGGACAAGACCCUCAGAAACAGGAGUGGUUCACCAAAUACUUCUCCUUCUGAAACUUCCACAUACUCCGUUCCGACAGUUUGACAACAGGCUCAUUUUGUGCAUCCACUCCAGUGCAAGCUGACACCAAAUAAGCUUUUCUACAAGAUUCAUCUCACUUUUAUCCCCUUCACAGACAGCCACACACAGGCCCGAUGUCUUAAAUAUUACAAAACUCAAGAAAUGAUGCAUUCACCCUGAAGAACUCCUCAGACAGCAGGGUAGGACUUUAAGAGCACAUGGGCACCUCAUCGAGGUGACAGAAUGUUCCCUUGCACUGGUUACUUCAGUGUGGUAUCUUCUGACACAUUAUACCUCCAGCAUACAAAAAAAAAUUCACGCCAGGUGAUCUGAACAAUUCUGUACCAAUUUUAAUGUGGACAUAUUAAUAUAUUGAGUGAACUGCCAAGUUUGCAGUGGUGUGGAAUGCUGAUGCUUUCUAAAUGAAAAAAAGAAUGAACAACUACAACUGCUGACUUUGCCAUACUAUGCCAAAACUGUAUAACUGAGAUAAUGGAUGUAUAUCAAUAAACUACUUAUUUUUGUUUUUUUAAAUAGCAUGAUAUAACU